AUGUCUGAGGACAGGGAAGCCCAGGACGAUGAGCUGCUUGCUUUAGCAAGUAUCUACGAUGAGGAGGAGUUUCACCAGGCGGAGUCUGCACAGGGGGGAGAGAUCCAACUCUGUCUGGAGCUCCCUCCUGAUUUCAAAGUUGUUGUCAAAGGAGAGAAGCCAACUGAAUAUAAUGUCUGCUUCUUACCUCCUUUGGUGCUCAACUUUGAGCUUCCGGCAGACUAUCCAUCCACAUCCUCACCUGUCUUCACUCUCAGCUCUAAAUGGAUAACCAGAGCACAGAUGAGCUCUCUGUGCAGACGCCUGGAUGAGCUGUGGGAGGAGAACCAAGGCUGUGUGAUUCUCUUCACAUGGAUCCAGUUGCUCAAAGAGGAGGCGCUGGACUUUCUGGGCAUCCAGUCUCCUCUUGAAGUCAUCAGGGGUGGAAUUAAGGCAGGUGGUGAGCGCAGGAAGACGGACUCAGCAGCCACAGCUCUGACACAAUGUGGGAGUCUUUCUGAAAACGCUGAGGAGAAGAAAAGAGAAGUGAAGAAGGAAAAGUCUGAAGCACAGUUUUCAUUGACUUCUCAACUGGACCAGCGGGCUGUUUUGUUGAUGGACCCGCGUGCCGAUCUCCUACCUCAGCUCCUGGACUUUGACGAGGAGCAGCGCCAGAGGGUGUUUGACAGCAAGGUGUUUGGCUGUGGAAUCUGCUUUGUAGAGAAGCUGGGCUCGCACUGCCUCUGCUUUAAAGAGUGCCAACAUGUCUACUGCAAGGCCUGCAUGACGGAAUACUUCCAGAUCCAAAUACGGGAAGGCAACGUUCAGUGCCUUAAUUGCCCUGAGCCCAAAUGUACCUCUUUAGCCACACCGUCGCAGGUGAAGCAGCUGGUGGAUGAGGAGCUGUUUGCCCGUUAUGACCGUUUGCUGCUCCAGUCCAGUCUGGACCUCAUGGCUGACGUGGUCUACUGUCCCCGCCAGUCCUGCGGCACCGCUGUUAUGGUGGAGCCAGACACAACCAUGGGGAUUUGCUCGGCCUGCCAGUAUGCCUUUUGCACACUGUGCAAGUUGGGCUAUCAUGGUCUUUCCCACUGUAAACUCCCCGCAGAUGAAUUGCGUAACCUCAGAGAUGAGUACCUGUCAGCCACACCUGCGGGGAAAAAGUUCAUGGAGCAACGCUUUGGGAAGAGGGUGAUCCAGAAAGCAGUGGAAGAGUCCUUUAGCAGAGACUGGCUCAAUGAGAACUGCAAAGGCUGCCCACGUUGUGGAACUAAUAUACAGAAGGUGGACGGCUGUAAUAAGAUGACCUGUACCUCGUGUAGACAAUACUUCUGUUGGCUGUGCCUGGGCCUGCUCAGCAAAGUCAACCCGUACAGUCACUUUAACAACACACAAUCACCUUGUUAUAACCAACUCUUCCAAGGUGUCGAUCUUGAUGAAGAAGAUGCCUUCUGGAGUGAUGAGGAGGACUGACACCUGUGCAGUACCUCGCUGCUGGAUGCUCCAUUUGAAUGCACUUUAUCUCACGUAACCAUCACUUCAACUGUGACACUUACCAUGCCUGCAUUAGCACAGCAGUGCCACUACAACCAUGUACCAUGAUACCAUUGUUUAUGUUUUUGGAUAUUAUUAAGCAUCUCUGGCAUAAAAUAUUCAAUAUCUGGGUGUAAAUGGUUCAUAUUUACUUUAUAUAUGACAGAUGUCAUGUAUAUAGAGUAUUUCUUCAGGAAUAGCAUGAAACGUUGUAGCUUUUAAUUCAGAGAGAAACAGAAAGAGAACAGUUGGUUUACAGAAAGUAGAAAUUCUUAAGAAAAUCAUGACCUUCAAGGAUAUAGUGGAUAUUUUGAGAUAUGACAAUGUCAUAGGACUGGACUUUUAUUUCAAAACUCAAAGAACAAAGACAAAUGUGUUUAUCAUACUCUAAGGUCUACACAUCUACUGUCUCUCUCCAUAAUUAGAUUUUUUUUUUCUAGAUGAGUUUUGACAUCUCACAUGUGAGACUGGAACCACUGACUCAGUUUAGUAAGUUCAAGGUGUCUGCUUCCAAUUACCUCGCAACUUGGUGUUGCAGGGAAAAGAAGGACUGCAUUGGCCGCUCUGUCAUAUUAAGUAUCCUGCUUUGUUUUAUUAAGUAUCUAACCUCUGGCUGCCGUUCUGUCACAUGUCAAAACUAUAGCACUUAAUUUACUUUUCUUCAAACGAACUUCAAGGUGGAUAAUUGAUACAGGAUUAAAGCAAUGGAGGCCCACGUGGAGAUGCGUCACCCAGACAUAAUUACAGAACUACUCAGAUUGUGUUUUUUUCAGCUUUAGGCUGAGUUGAAUACCAGAAUGGGAAACCAUUUUAUCUCCCUCAGAGUACUUGUUGACAUUUUCUUUUUUAAAUCUUAUGUCAAGAUGUGAUAGAUGUGAAAACUAAUCCAAACUUUUUUUGAGAACAGAGAAGAAGAAAAAAAAAUAUAUAUUUUUUUCUUCUUCUCUGUUCUCAAAAAAAGUUUGAAUUUUUCUUAAAAUGAGUUUCAUUUACAGAAACGCGACUUUGCACGUCAUGUGAUAAUAAUCAGACUGGUUGAAAAUAUGAAUUUUAUGAGCUUGGUCGUGUGUAUUUGAUUUCAUAAUUAGUUUAAGUCGUAUGUAUUUUUCCAUACUGAAUGUAAUAAUGGAGGACACUGCAGUAAAUAAUUAUGACACUCGAUCCUCUGGUGAGGAUUGUAAUUAUGGUGUGUGUCAAGUCAUUCAGGGACUGAGGUGUGAGAAAGGAAAUCCAAAACAUUUAGGAGCGAUCUUUGAUUUAUUCACACCUUCCUUUGUACAACUGUUACUUUAAUGUUGCCAAAGUUUAGUGUCAAAGAGAGGCCAUAGAAACUUCAUAAUGUACAAACAUAUUUUGUAUAAUGUUAAUUUAUUUUAUUUUUUACAUUUGAUCUAAAAGAAGACUAUCUCAUGGAGGAAGUUCUGUUUUAAAUUUGCAUAAAAUCUGUUCUUACUCAACGUUGAAUAAUUGCUGCUUCAAAAUGACUACUUUCAGAGUUGACGCCGGUUGGACUGGUAAAAAGACAAUCUAUUGUUCAAUCUUGAAAUGCACACGGAUUCACGUUCCCUUCAGUGCAGUCCCACUGUCGCUUCAUUUAUCAUGUAGUAAACAUUUGAAUACAGGACCUGCAGAAUCCUGUUGAAUGCAUUCGGCAUAAUGUUCCUCAAAAUAAAUGUUACCACUUCAAA